AUGCCGUCUGAAAUAGAUAAGACAUCACAAAUAUUUGAAAAUGAGAAAAUCGAUCAAUCAUUACUUUAUUAUCAUCAGAAGAUAGUUCCAAUUAAGAAACAUCUUCUUAUUCUUCUUUUCAUACAAUGGUUUACUUGUGUUGUUAUUCUUGGUGUUGAAUCUUAUUUAGUAUUUAUUGGAAAUGCAGUCGAUAUUUCAAGUGGAAUUCAAUCAUUGAUACCAAUAUUUGCUUUAACUAUCUAUUAUUUAUGUGGUUUUAUAGUUACAUAUGAACAACAUCGAAUUGGAUUACUUAUCUUUGCAUCAAUUGGAGUUAUUAUCUUUAUAUUAAUAUGCGUUUGGUUUGGUUAUAUCAUUGGUGAUAUUUGUGAUGAUUAUAUCUCUGAAACUCUCUUUCAAUUUGCUGAUGUACAAACACCAGCAAAUAAUGCUGAAACAAAUGCUCUUGAUUUUGAAAAAUAA